UGAAGGUGGCUUUUUCAAAGCACAUUUAUAUUUUCCGAAGGAGUACCCUCUGCGCCCUCCCCGAAUGAAAUUUGUGACGGAAAUAUGGCACCCUAACAUUGAAAAGAAUGGUGAUGUUUGUAUUUCCAUUUUACAUGAACCAGGCGAUGAUAAAUGGGGUUAUGAGAAAGCAUCUGAACGCUGGUUGCCAGUACAUACUGUUGAAACGAUUUUGAUAUCUGUGAUAUCAAUGCUAGCUGAUCCAAACGACGAGUCCCCAGCUAAUGUUGAUGCUGCUAAAGAAUGGAGGGAGUCAUAUCCAGAAUUCAAACGAAAGGUUGCUCGUUGUGUCAGAAAGAGCCAAGAAGAAUGUUCAUAGAGAUUUACCGUUUUUGUAUAUUUAUAAACAAUUUGGUACAUUAAAAACAAUUAUUUAAUUUUUGUCAUUUAACUAGAUAUUGCCACUUCGGUGACAAAAAUUUCAAAAUUGGAAAACUAACAACAUUUUUAAUAUGUCCCAUAUAAUAUACAGCUUAACUUUGUCAAAAUGUAGUCACUUGGCAUUCGAACGUUAGGUGCUAAAGCUAAGAAAAAAUCUUAUAUUUGAUGACAUUUGCGGAACCGUAAGUAAUUUUUAUCAAGCAUUUCAUAAUAAAAUUUAAUUAGAAAAAAAAUA